AAGUAGAUGAGAAGGAGAAGAAAGGAGCAAAGUGAAGGAGUCAGGAGAAGGGAGCACAAGUAGAGGGAAAAAAAGAAAGGAAAGGACAGCUCAGCAAAUGAUCCCUAUAGCAUUCCUCCCACUGCUGCAGUGAUCCAAGGACUGGGUGGAGAAGGGAAGCUCAGCGGGAAGAAAAUAAAUUGUGGUUUCCUUUUUUUUCCCUUUUUUUUUUGCGUGAAGAGAAGAAAUCAGAAGAGGAGAGGGGGAGAGAAGAGAGUGUGACAGAAGAGGAAUCAGAAAUUCUGCAAUCUCCUUGCGUCCUGCAGCAGAACAUGGACUCUGACUCUGGAGAUCAGAGUGAUGGGGACUUCUUGCCAGGACACGAGAGCUUCAACUCGCGCUCCUUGGCUCUGCAGGCCCAGAAGAAGAUCCUGAGCAAGAUGGCGACCAUGGUGGUGGCCAACAUGCUGACGGACGACACCAGCAGCGAAAUCCUGGAUGAGCUGUACAAGACUAGUCGCGAGUUCACCAAGAGCAAGAAGGAGGCCCACAAGAUCAUCAAGGACGUCAUCAAGAUCGCCCUGAAAAUCGGCAUCCUGUAUCGCAACCACCAGUUCAGCCCCGACGAGCUGGACACGGUGGAGCGUUUCAAGAAGAAGAUGAACCAGGCGGCCAUGACGGCGGUGUCCUUCUACGAGGUGGAGUACACCUUUGACCGGAAUAUUCUGUCCGAGCUCCUGCUGGAGUGCCGGGACCUGCUUCACACGCUGGUCGAGCAGCACCUAACGGCUCGCUCUCACGCUCGCAUCGACCACGUUUUCAACCAUUUCGCCCAUGGCGAGUUCCUGGCCGAGCUCUACGGGGACGGAGAUGAGUACAGACUGUCUCUGAGGAAGAUCUGCAACGGCAUCAACAAACUUCUGGACGAGGGGACGCUUUAACCUUUCACCUGUCUCACACCAUCUCACCGCCUGACCACUUCCUGCUCACCCUCCCACUGCUUGCAUCACUUCCUCCUUUCUUUUUGUCAACUUCCUGUUUCCUGUAUCCGUUUCCAUGGAGCCAGUUGUAACAUCCUGCAGAUGUGGCUCACUGUUGUGUGUCAUUGCGACUGUAUGUCUCCAUGCCUACACUUGGACAAUGUGCGUCAUGUAUGUGUUCACGGGAAGCUGUUUGAUCAUUUACAGUGGGCUAAAAAAAUCCACAUAUAAUUCACGCGCAUUAAAAUGCAAUGAGAAGUAAAAAUGAAACCUACCAUAAUCAUUCAACAUGUGUUUUCAAAUAAAAUUGAUUGGUUGGUGUGUGUGUGUGUGUGUGUGGGCUUUAAGAAAAAUAUUUGAUGGAAAAAAAGAGUGAAUGGCAGUGUGUGUGUGGGGGGGGGGGGGGUCUCUAUGGAAAAUCAUUGGUCAAGUAAUUCAUAUCCUUGAUAUUCAGCUUGAGGUCCAUGUACCUGUCGACUUUUUAUCCUCACUACUACUGGCAGAAAGACGAGGCCGCCCUAGUUAAACAACAAAUAUAGUUGAACAAAAUGACUUAUUUAGCACUCUUAGUUCCGCUUUUGGCCAACUAGUAUGACUUGCGUACCCUUGACAUUCCACUCAUGUGCUGAAUUGUCUUCCUAGUAAAUGGACCUAAAGCUGGGUAGGAAAAUUAUCCAAUAAAUCCUUAAGCGGCUUUUUUAUGUACAUUCCUUUGUGUGUGCAAAAAUAAAUGCACCAAUGGCCCAAAAACAUGCAUUAAGGUAUAUUUGCAUUUGGAAGAUUGCGGUAAUCAAUGUGUGUGUGUGUGUGUGUGUGUGCGUGCGUGUGUGUGUGCGUGCGUGUGCGUGUGCAUGUGUGUUCGUGUGUGCGUGUACACUUAUGGACUUGGCAUGAAUCAUCUGUACAUAAAACCAAUGACAAGUCAAACUUCUCCAGAGUGUAUCACUUGUCUUUUAGUAAAGAUUUCUUGUCAAAGUCAUCUUGUCAUUCCUUCUGAUAAUAAUUGCAAGAAAAUGAUAGCUUCUCACAUCUUGGCGCUCAUAUAUAUAAAUAUAUAUGUUAUAUGGAUGGAUUGAAUGGGGAAAAUAAACCACAAAUUGCACACGA